GACGAGUCAAUCAUUCACGAGCGACCCUUAAGCCCACUUCCAAAAACCAGUAGAUCUGGAGUGUCGCACUUUAGUGCAAUUUCCUCACAGGUCUUCACAUUGACCCGCAUUUUUUUCCUUUUAGUGAUAUAUUGUAGAAACAUUACGGUACCAUGAUGAAAAAUGCCGAUCACCCGACACAACUGUUUCUGGAGAACUACAUCGGCGGAAAGUUUAUUCCGUGUUCCCGACACAUCGACUCGGUCGACCCAUCCACCGGCGAGGUCUACUGCAAAGUGCCGGACAGCGGUAAAGAUGAGGUGGAUGCUGCGGUGCAGGCCGCUAAAGCGGCGUUCCCUGAUUGGUCAGCUCGUAGUCCGGCGGAGAGAGGUCAGGUGAUGAAUAAACUUGCUGACCUGAUCGAAUCUCACCUUGAGGAGUUUGCCCAAGCUGAGUCCCGAGACCAAGGUAAAACCAUAACAUUUGCCCGGACAGUAGACAUCCCACGGUCAGCCUAUAACCUGAGGUUCUUCGCGUCCUCUGUCCUCCACCACACCACCGACUGCAGCCUGAUGGACCACAUGGGCUGUGUCAACUACACGGUCCGCAGCCCUGUCGGCGUCGCUGGUCUGAUCAGUCCCUGGAACCUGCCUCUCUACCUGCUCACCUGGAAGAUUGCCCCAGCUGUUGCUACAGGCAACACAGUGGUUGCUAAGCCCAGCGAGAUGACCUCGGUGACGGCCUGGAUGAUGUGCAAACUGCUGGAGGAGGCCGGUUUUCCUCCCGGGGUGAUAAAUGUGGUAUUUGGUACCGGGCCGCGAGCUGGUGACGCCCUGGUAGGCCACCCCGACGUCCCGCUGAUCAGCUUCACCGGCUCCACGGCCACGGCCCAGAGGAUCACAGAGCGCAGCGCCCCGUUCUGUAAGAAGUUGAGCUUGGAGCUCGGGGGGAAGAACCCUGCCCUGAUCUUCUCAGACGCUGAUCUGGACCAGGCUGUCCUCACCACAGUACGAUCAUCCUUCUACAAUCAGGGGGAGAUCUGUCUGUGUACCAGUAGGAUCUACGUAGAGAGGAGCAUCUACCCAGAGUUCCUGAAGAGGUUCGUGGCGGCGGCGCGUGAAUGGAAGACAGGCGCUCCCUCGGACCCGGAGAACCACAAUGGAGCUCUGGUCAGCAGGGAACACCUGGAGAAGGUGCGAAGCUUCGUGGCCCUGGCAAGGUCAGAGGGCGCCGCGGUACUCUGCGGGGAGGGCGAGGAUCCGCUGGUGCUUCCAGGUCGCCACGCGGCUGGUUACUUCAUGCGGCCCACGGUGAUCACCGGCGUGGCACAGGCAUCCCGCGUCAUGCAGGAGGAGAUCUUCGGCCCGGUCGUCUGCGUCGGCCCCUUUGACACCGAGGACGAGGCUGUCGCUCUGGGCAACGGGGUGCGCUACGGUUUGGCGGCGACGGUGUGGACGCGCGACGUGGGCCGGGUCCACCGGGUUGCCAGGAGAUUGGAGGCGGGGCUUGUCUGGACCAACAGUUGGCUGGUCAGAGACCUGAACCUCCCCUUUGGUGGGGUGAAAAGUUCGGGGGUGGGGAGGGAGGGGGCGAGGGAUAGCUAUCACUUCUUUACGGAGGUUAAGACCAUUACUGUUAAACUCUGAGAGGGGUCAGAGGGAGUGGGGGGAGGAAGUGGCGCUCUGGGAGGGAGGCAUCAUUUCACUGAGCCCCCAGAGGGUUACUUUGUCCCUGCAUCACCAUACAGCUGGGUCAUUGCCAAGGAGUCUGAAUGUUUGAAUCUUUGCCCGAUAUAUUCAUGUAUAGGAUUCAUGUAGCCCUUCAUCUUAUAUGAUUAAAAUGUAUUGUAAUGUAUUAUAACA